AUGCUCGUCAAAAGUAUAAAAGUUCGCCAGCAACUCCAAACCGAUGGAUCCACAUCUAGGUCCUUCUUCAAUGUCGCCAGAGGAAUAAUCCAGUCGGAGGGUUCACUCUCACUUAUGAAUGGAGUUAGUGCUGGUGUACUUAGGGAAGGCAUAUACGCUACCAUUCGCCUGGGUACAUAUGAGGCACACAAGGACCUUCUAUAUGACCUUUCAAAUGGUGCUCUUACCAGGGAAGGUAUACCACUGAAAGCUCUAUCGGGAUUGAUGUCUGGAGCAAUCGGAGCCACAAUAGCCAAUCCAACGGAUCUUAUUAAGAUUCGUAUGCAGGCUUACCACAAUCCUCCUGUUUCAGAGUACUCGAGUAUAGUAUCUUCUCUUAGAUGCGUUUAUAAUGAAGGAGGAGGUACGCUCUCUGGUGGUCUGCGUUCGCUAUGGCGUGGAACCGCCGCAACUGUCACCCGCGGUGCAAUCAUCACCGUCGCGCAGAUAGGCUCAUAUGAUCACAUCAAACAAGUAAUAAAGAGUCGUAGAUUUAUGGAUGAGGGUAUACCUUUACAUCUCACUUCAAGCCUUUUCGCUGGCUUGGUGUGCUCUAUCGCCUCCAACCCGGUUGAUGUGAUCAAAGUUCGACUUAUGAAUGAUCAUAAACGCAUGUACCGUGGGGUGACGGACUGUGUGGCCAAGACUCUUCGCAAGGAAGGACCGCUCGCUUACUAUAAAGGAUUCGGGAUGUGCUGGAUUCGGCUCGGUUCGCAUACUACUAUGACUCUGCUAUUGUACGAGCAACUGCGCGCCUGGGCCGGAGUUAAGCCGCUAUAA